UCGUGCUAUGGCCAAGAUAAAGCAGUUUUCAAUCACUCUUUAAUAUAAACUGCCUCAGGGUUGCAUGUUCAACAUAUCGUAAGUACACUCUGAGCUGUCACUGUGCCUGUAUACUCUUUUGUAAUGCAGAAUGUUUACGAAUUCUUUCAUUUUACUUUUGCGCAGGAUCAGCUUCUCAAGGAACAUGUUGGGAGCCUGCUCAACCUGUGCAUGUGCCAUCUUAUGAAGAGAACCCCGAUGGAGCCCUUUGUGAUGUACAUGAGCAGGGCCAGGAAACUGCAUCACAUCCAUGUGCUAGUGGUGCAACUGCUACAGCUGUAUCAACAGUGGAGGUUGCAGAAGCCCUUCUUCAGCUUUCGCAGUGCAUGAAGGAUGUACCAGACAUCAUGUGCACACAAGACAAAGGCAUCCAGGUCGAUGUAGACUCCAUUAUAGGGAAGCAGUUCAGGCUUGUAGAUAUGCUGACAUCAGAUAAUACUGUGCUUGCUUUUACUGGUGUGUCAUCAAUGACUUUGCUUGUAGCCAUUAGUAAUGAAGUGAGUAGGAUUGAAGCCGCAGUAGCUGAAAUGUCUACUCUUGAACGAGUCAUUCUCGUUCUUGUGCGAUUGAAAACUUGCUUACCCUUUGUGUGUAUGGCACCACUAUUUUCUGUGAGCCGCACAACCAUCUCUCGCCACUUCUACAGCACACUGUGUAACCUUGCAACGGCACUGAAAUGUGCAAUUCCAUGGCCAAACAAACAAGAAAUUGCAAGCAAUCUGCCUCAAUGCUUUGAAGAAUAUAAAGAGGUACGUGUUGUGCUAGACUGCACAGAGGUUGCCGUAGAAAAAUCGCACUGUGCAUCUUGUAGAAUUUUAACAUACUCUCAUUACAAAGGUACACACACAGCAAAGCUUCUUGUUGGCGUCUCACCUGCUGGCUUAAUUACUUUUGUGAGCUGCGGUUUCGGAGGCCGAACGUCGGACAGGACUUGCGUAGAGAAAUCGGGAGUUCUAGAAAAACUCGACAGUUUUGAAGAUGAUGUCAUGGUUGACAAAGGCUUCAACUUGGGCUCGCUAUGCGAAAACCUUGGGCUGGGGGUUGUGCAGCCUCCAUUUCUUUGUGGACAGCUGCAGUUCACGGCGAAAGACUCGGAAAAGACUCUAAAAAUAGCCAGGGCACGUGUGCACGUCGUGCGUGCUCUCCAGAGGAUGAAAGUUUUUAAAGUUCUGAAGGAACCUGUACCUUGGGAAGUUGUUGGCGCCCUUGAUGAAAUAUUGGUGAUUGGUGGAAUUGUAAAUCUCUCCUCCCCUAUUCUCUCUGAGAAAAGGUUCGAGUGAUAUUAUGGAACUUGUGUUUGCAAUGAAAUGUAGUAGAACUUGUGCAGGUAGUCAGAAACUGAGGUCAAUGUAGAAGCUGAGCACCACAACAUGAGGGAUAACACACCAUUGUGCUGUGUAAAGACUAUUGAGUUAACGAACCGACACACAGGGUCCCUUAAGCAAUCAUCUAAGAAGACUUCAAAACGAAAGCAAUCUUCUUUUUCUUCUAUGUCGAUGCACAGUUGUACCCCCCCCACCCAGGACACGUGUGUUUGUGAAAAGAGUUGUUUUAACUGCAUCUCCGAGCUGAGGAAGUUAUUUUCGGUGUACUCCUAAGCAUAUGCAUAGCUGUGUGGUAGAACACCUGCUAGCCACGCAAAUGGCCUGAGCUCAAUCCUCAUCUGGGCCCGGAAAUUCAUUACUUAUUUUAUUCGCAUAUGUCUCGAUUUUUCAAUCAUGGACAAGAUUAUUGUUCACUCACAACCAACAAUCCCGGCGCCGGAAUUUCAGUGAAACGAGCUCUUUAAUGCUACCACAUUAUUAUUCAAAAACCCAUUGAUGCUUCCGACUGCUCACAUCAUCGCUGUGUAUAGAGCACAUGACGAGUGAC